GCCGCUGAGGAGAGGCUCCUCAAUAACCUGUUUGCCCACUACAACAAGCUGUCCCGGCCUGUGGCCAACACCUCCGACGUGGUGCUGGUCCACUUUGGCCUCUCCAUCGCCCAGCUCAUCGACGUGGACGAAAAGAACCAGAUGAUGACGACCAACGUCUGGGUGAAACAAGAGUGGAAUGAUUACAAGCUCCGCUGGAACCCAGAGGACUACGAGAACGUCACCUCCAUCCGCAUCCCCUCAGAAAUCAUCUGGAGGCCUGACAUUGUACUUUAUAACAACGCUGAUGGUGACUUCGCAGUGACCCACCUGACCAAGGCCCACCUGUUCCACGACGGGCACAUCAAGUGGAUGCCGCCGGCCAUCUACAAGUCCUCCUGCAGCAUCGACGUCACCUUCUUCCCCUUCGACCAGCAGAACUGUAAGAUGAAGUUUGGCUCGUGGACCUACGACCGGGCCAAGAUCGACUUGAUCGGCAUGGCCAGUGACGUGGACCAGAUGGACUACUGGGAGAGUGGCGAGUGGGUGAUCAUCAACGCUGUGGGCAAGUACAACACCAAGAAGUAUGAGUGUUGCACCGAGAUCUACCCCGACAUCACCUACUACUUCAUCAUCCGCAGGCUGCCGCUCUUCUACACCAUCAACCUGAUUAUACCAUGUUUGUUAAUCUCCUGUCUGACUGUCUUGGUGUUCUAUCUGCCCUCCCAGUGUGGCGAGAAGAUCACUCUGUGUAUCUCUGUGUUGCUGUCUCUCACUGUCUUCCUCUUGCUCAUUACCGAGAUCAUCCCGUCCACCUCACUGGUCAUCCCGCUCAUCGGCGAGUACCUCCUCUUCACCAUGAUCUUUGUCACCCUCUCUAUCAUCAUCACCGUCUUCGUGCUCAACGUGCACCAUCGCUCACCGCGCACCCACUGCAUGCCCCACUGGGUGCGGCGGGUCUUCCUGGACCUGGUGCCUCGCGUGCUCUUCAUGAAGCGGCCCCCGGCCACUGCCAGGCAGAACUGCCGGAAGCUGAUUGAGAUGAUGGACCAGACCAGCUCCUCGACAGCAGCCGGUCAGUCCCAGUCUUUCUGGGCCGGGGUGGAGACGGGGCUAGGACAGCUAGGACAGCUGGGGCACACUCUCCCUGCCACGCACUCUGACAGCCCCAUCAUCCUGACCCUCUCUCCUUCGUCCUCUCCCUCUCCACCCCAGGGCCUGCUUUUGGAGGAGCACCCCCCCAAGGCCCCCCAGCUCUGCUGCCGCUCCGCCUCCAGCAAGUACUCCAUCCUCCUGGAAGAGCAUUCCAAGCUGGGGAACACCGCCUCCCCCUUGUCCUGCACAACCCACUCCUCCACCCCGUCCUCCUCCUCCUCCCCCCCGUCUCUGCCGCUGGGUCCCUUGGGCCCCCUACACUCUCUGUCCCGGGUUGAGCCGCGGAUACUGGCCCCCAACAGGUGGAGCCAUAGUGUAGAGCACGUGUUUGACCACCAGAGGGAGCCAAACCAGGAGCCCCCCCAGAUGACCGAGCACCACUGCCGCUCCCGCAGCUUUAACAAAGAGGGGUGUGGGGCCGCUGUUGGUGGCAAGGGCCGAGGGGCUGUAGGUGGAGGAAGGCUAAAGAGACAAAUCCUGCUAGACCACCUUGGUAGAGCCUCCUCCACUAAGCCAACCAUGGCUCUAGGUACCUGGGAAACCGUGAUCCCCACAAUAUCUCCGUCAAUGAGAAGGGCCAUAGAGGGCGUGCAGUAUAUCGCUGACCACCUCAGGGCAGAGGACGCUGACUUCUUGGUGAAGGAGGACUGGAAGUAUGUGGCCAUGGUCAUUGACAGGAUAUUUCUCUGGAUGUUUGUACUGGUGUGUAUACUGGGAACAUUGGGACUAUUUCUUCCUCCUUGGCUGGCUGGAAUGAUCUAG